AUGACAGAUAAAAUGAGCUGGCACAAAGGAAAGAAGGAACUGACUGAAGAAAGCACAGGAGAGGGGAAGCAUGGCCGAAAAAAGCGAGAGCGGCUGUUCAAGAAGAGAUUUUCUCGACUGAGCCUCUUCGCUGGGUCUCCCAAAAAGAAACUGAGCGCAGGGGCUGAGCCCGUCACGUCUGUGUGCCGGCUGGGCGCGCAGGGGAGCAGCCCGCGGGCCGAGGAGAAGCGGAGGGGCUGGCAGGGGACGGGCUGCGGGCAGGGGACGGGCUGCAGGCGGGGCCGCAGGCAGGAGCAGCCGUGCCCGCUGGCGCAGCCCGCAGCCCCGCGGCGCUGCCGGGGCAUGUGUCCGGGCUGCGAGAUCCUGCUGUGCCGGCCCUGCGGCACCCUGCACUCGCAGGGAGCCUUCAUCGCACACAGCCUGCUCGACCACUACGACAGCGCAGCGCUGCCCCGCUGA